GCUUACAUAAUAUGAAGUGUUUCAAAUUGUUUACAUAGGCUAUGGUUCCAUCAAUACUCAAAAGUUUAUGGUCUAAGAAUACUAUCGUCUACCGUGUUGGCGUGUUCUAGCUAAUAUAUUUGAUCUAUUUUAUGGUUCUAGCUCUCAAAUCUCAAUCAUGUCUAAUGCAUUUUUCUGUGAUUAUAAUUAUUUAGUUGGUGAUUUUUAUGUUUUAUUUAGUAGUGAAGUGAUAAGUUAGUGUCACGAUUACGAUCACGAAGUUAGUCUAUACUCUAUCUUAAACCAAGGUGUUAAAUUGUUAGGGCAAGUGAAAAUGAAUUUAUCAACAGAAGAAUUACUUAGCAGAAAAGACAUGUUGAAACAAUUUGAAAACUAUAUUGAUAAUACAAAAAACACACUUAAGUGUUUAGUCGAAAAAGUUGGAUGGACAUUGGAUGAGACACCAAUCAAAGAUAAUUUUGUGAAGUGUCCAUUAAAUAGUGAACACAGAAUGUUGCCAUCUAAACUCGAAAGUCAUUGUCAAAAGUGUUUAUUGAAAAAAAAUGGAUAUGAUUCAUCUCAUUCAUUUUAUCCUUCUUAUAAUUUAUCAACACCUUCGGACCGGACUGUGACAAUUGAUGAAAUUACUCAAAUGCGUAUUUUGGAAACUGCCUACAAUGAAUCAAAUUCAACUUUAAAUAUAAACCUUAAGCCUAGAGAAGUUUCCCAAAGUAUUGAACGCUAUGCUUGUGAUUUUACUCCUGAUGAGAGAAGGGCAUUAUAUGAUAGUGCUGUAAAACACACCAGACCGCCUAAUUACAAGGAUGUCAAAAAUGAUUUUACAGGUGUGGAUGUUUUCAAUAAAAGCGAUGAUAAACCUAAAACCGAACUUGAGCUUUUGCAAGAGCAAAGAGACUUAAAACGUAGAAGAGCUGCUUAUCGAGGAAAACGAGUUCAUACAGAUAGAAAAUCUUAUGUAGAAGUUUUAAGAGAAGUAGUUGAAGGAUUAACAAAUAGUUUUUCUCAUUCAGAAGAUAAAUUAGUGGGCAUUCAAACUUCAAAUACUGUUACAGAGACUAAACCAAAUGCCCGUUUUAUGUACAAAUAUGAAGGUAAUAGAAAUUAUAGUGGUAAUCCAUACAUUCGUUGGCUUGAUAUUAAGACAGAGGAAUCUAAAUUAUUAAAGUAUUGUCAAAAGAAGAGUGAGAGUUCAUAUCAAGAUGUUUCUACAUCUAAAAUUCAUUGUAAAGAUAAAACUGGUUUUAAAAGAUCAAGAAAAAGUAGAUCUAAAUCAAGAUCUAGAAAAAGUAGAUCUAAAUCGAAAUCAAGAAAAAGUAGAUCCAAAUCAAGAGAAAACCCAUCAAUUGGUGAAUUAAAAUUAAAAAGAUCUUGGAGAUCUAGGUCUCGCUCAUUAUGUAAAGAAACCAAGUAUAAGAGACCUAAAAUCCGUUCUAAAUCCAAAGAAAGUAUUUAUAUAGAAAAUAAACAUAAAAGAUCUAGAAAACAUAAAACUCGAUCGAAAUCUAAAGAAAGUGAGUCUAGAAGGAUUAGAAGUCGAUCGUUAUCUAUAGAAAGUACACAUAAAAGAUCUAAAAAGCAUAAAACAAGGUCUAAGUCAAAAGAACCUGAAAACGUUAAAUGUUCUGGGAGCCUUGCUAGUUAUAAUAAUUUAGUUAGUGAAAAAGAGUCCACACUACUAUUUAAAUCAAGUAAUACUCAUAAAAAGAAAAAAAAGCAUAAAAGUAAGAAAAAUAGUUCUAAAAGUCCUAGAAGAUCUCAUAAGAAUAAAAAAAAUGUUAUUGACGUUUGUGAAAACAUUAAUGACGAAAUAUCAAAUGAUAAUGACAUUAUCCACCCCAUCUAUAAGUCAUAAAUUUUUACAUAUUUUACUAACAUUAAGCAUUUUUUGUUGAAAGUUAAGUCAAUAAUUUAUUAUGAUUUAAUGAUUACAAUAAAAAAAAAAACUGUUAUUUAUAUUUAAUAAAAACGUAUCUUU